AUGGCUUCUUUUUACCAACUUGCUCUACCAUUCGCCUUUAGUUUUCUCCUACUCAUCAGUCAGUCAACUGGCUCGCCUAUUGAUCCAACCAUUGGCUUCACACAACUCCCGUUUAACACAUCUCAUUACCAUAUCCAAAAGCCUUACAACUUGCCUGUAACUUAUCGGUAUAGCUUCUUGAAUGGCAUCCACAAGCUAUGGGUGUAUGCCACGGACAAUCCUCUAUCCAAAAAUAGCCCCACCAAGCCUCGAACAGAGAUCAUAAUCAGUGGUUACAAUUACUCUUCUGGUGUGUGGCAAUUCGAAGGAUAUGGGUACGUGCCAUGUGGUACAUCAGGAGUGUGUAUCAUGCAAGUGUUUGGAGCUGGUGGAGGUCAUAAUACAACCUUAAUGCUUAGAGUCUACAAUGGCACACUAUAUUACUAUAGAGAUUCAGUCAUUGUCCCGAAUAUCUAUGAUAGAUGGUUUCGAGUAAACGUGAUCCAUGAUGUUGAUGCUUCGAAAGUUAAGGUCUAUAUUGAUGGGGUGCUCAUGUAUGAGGCACAUGGGCGUGGAGGGGAAUUUCAUUACUUCAAGUGUGGGGUUUAUGCACAGGAUGAUGAUUCUUAUUACAUGGAGUCUCGUUGGAAGGGAAUCAAGAUUCUGAAAAAAAUAUGA